CAACAGUCAUUUAGUAUGCUGACUCUGAGAUCCAUAGGCUUUGUGGAGAUCAUUGGAGAGAUGUGCGGUUCUGAGUUGGAAAACACCGCACGGCUGCUGCUUCCUGAUCAUGCGGGCUCCAUAACAAACAGAAUGCAAAUGGACUCCAUACUGCACAGCGGGUACUUCCACCCCGUCCUCCGGGCCUGGCAGACCACGGCGACCAGCCUCAACGCCUCCAAUCUCAUGUACCCGAUCUUCAUCACGGAUAGUGCUGAUGCAGUAGAACCGAUCAACAGCCUGCCGGGGCAAGCCAGAUAUGGAGUUAACAAGCUGGAGGAGAUGUUGCGCCCCCUGGUGGAGAAUGGACUGAAGUGUGUUCUUAUCUUUGGUGUCCCGAGCAAAGUCAUAAAGGAUGAUCGCGGAUCGGCGGCUGACGCAGACGACACACCAGCAAUCCUGGCUAUCCGGAAGAUCCGCAGCCUAUUUCCUCAGCUGCUCAUAGCUUGUGAUGUUUGCUUAUGUCCCUACACCUCACAUGGACACUGCGGAAUCCUACGAGAAGACGGCACCAUCCAGAACGAGACCAGCUGUCAGCGACUAGCAGAGGUGGCCCUGGCGUAUGCACGUGCAGGGUGUCACGUGAUUGCGCCCUCCGAUAUGAUGGACGGCAGAAUCAGGGCCAUUAAGAAGGCUUUACUAUCCAAUGACUUUGGGAAUAGGGUUUCCGUUCUAAGUUACAGCGCAAAAUUUGCCUCCUGCUUCUAUGGCCCAUUUAGAGACGCGGCUCAGUCCAAACCUGCGUUCGGUGACCGAAAAUGUUACCAGCUACCUCCUGGAGCAAGAGGUCUGGCCAGCAGGGCAGUGGACCGUGAUGUACGUGAAGGUGCAGACAUGCUGAUGGUGAAGCCCGGAAUGCCAUAUUUGGACCUUGUUAGAGAAGUGAAGGACAAGCACCCUGACCUACCUCUAGCUGUGUACCACGUAUCGGGGGAGUAUGCCAUGCUGUGGCAUGGAGCGCAGGCAGGAGCCUUUGACCUCAAGGUAGCGGUAUUAGAAGCCAUGACUGGAUUCAGGAGAGCGGGCGCUGACAUCAUCAUCACCUAUUACACCCCACAACUCCUCAAAUGGGUGAAGGAAUUGUGAGAGGAGCCUGGAAGGAGACGCAGCGGACGGGGGACCGUGUGCAGAGAUAAAAUAGUGGAUCAGACUCAGCAACAACCUGAUAUUACUGCAUCGUAUAAUGAGAUUUGCACUAGAAGUAGUAAUAUUCUUAUGCUUGAUGCAAAUUACAUAAUUAUACAAUAUAAAUAUAUUUGAUCAGUUUCAGAACAGACAAUUCAGUGAUCCAUACAACCUGGGAAUACACGAUUGAGGUCACUAUCAUGUUUAUUUCUGCCACUUGUGGUCUGAGUGAUGACCCCAGAUCUGUACAGUAGUGUGGGGGAUGCAGUGUUGUCACCUAUUGCAAAGAAACAGUCAGGAUUAGAAAAACAAAGCUGCUUUCAUCCAGACACAGCGCCACCCUUGUCCUCAGGUUGUGUGUGGUAUUGCGGCUCAGUUUCAUCCAAGUGAAUGGAGCGAAGUUGUAAUAUCACACACAACCUAAGGACAGGUGUGGGCGCUGUUUCUAAAACAAAGCAGUUUAUUUUAUUUUUAUUUUUUUAACAAGAUUUUUGUAUGACUUAAACAAUGGGAAACCACUCUAAUUUAAAUUUUUUUUUUUUUUAGCUUACUUUACAUAAUUGCAUUCUGUUACAAACAGGCCUGUAUAAUUUUAAUAUUUUUUUUUUGUCAUUUAUAUUUACAAUUCUUGAGAAUUUAGACUUUUAAAGUAUAUGAAUCUGUUGCCAAUGUUAGUGCUAAAGCAGUGGUCUGCCCAACUAGGGCUCUAUGGCAAAACUACAACUCCCAGCAUCACCUGACUACCAGCAGAGGGCACACUGGAAGUUGUAGUCCUGCCACAGGUUGAAGACUAUUGCACCAAACCCUGAUAGUACAUGUUGCACUGCAUGUGCCGCCUUAUGUCUGCCAAAACAUAGAUUAAAAUAAAGGCUAAUAGGUAUUUUACAGACACACAAUAAAUCAAUGAAAAAUAAAUUACACGCACAAGUGUUUGCAUUUUAGAUGUCAUUUUGCUUUACACUUUUAAUGUAAGGUUUUUCUGAAAUCUGCUUUUUAGUGUAUUCAUGGCUACAUAUUUUAAUGUUAUUGCAUUGUGUUUUAGCUCAGUCCUGUCUCAUGAUUAUGAAGGAAAAGAACGACCUACAUCAUAUGAUGGUCUUUUAACCACAAAGCAUUAUCCGGUUUAUAAAAUAAAAAAUAUCAUCGAU